GCAGCGCACCUCAUUGUACAUUGCCAUUGACGAUCAGUACAAUGCCUUCCGCCAUCAAUCCGCUCCCGGUGCUCCGAACAGUCGCCUUCCGCCCGCGACUAGCUGUUGCUCGCCGCAGCAAUGUGGUUGUGGGAGUCUCGCGGCGCACUUUUGCAGACAGCAGCAAAGACCUGCCCAAAGCCGAAGGCGAGAACGUGGGACCCAACAUGCAGCAGGCAGAGCAUGUGAGCGAGGAAGCAGCGAAGAUGGCCAAGAUCCAGGGCGGCAAGGGACCAGAUAUCGAGGGCCAGGGCACACCUGUGCAGGAUAUCUUGAAAGAGGAGAAGGAGACACGGAAGAAUGCGCCUCAAGUCAUGAAGGACGAUGCGAAGGCCGGCAACACAACUAAGCCUCACACUCAAACACGACAGUUCUCGACGUAUGCACGUAGACGACUCGAAGUGGAAUCUUCAUCAUAUGCGCCUCCAGCAAUCGAACAGUCCUUUGGUACCACUGCUGCCGCCGACUACAGCGCCUCCGCCUCUGCCGAGAUUGACACCUCCGAGCCCAAAGGCCACAAAUUCCCGCUUCCACCCCUUCCUCUUCCUCGGGAACUGGUGAAAGAUCACAGGUACGACCCAGUCGUCACUCAAAUUACCAACCUGCUCAUGAAAGACGGCAAGAAGUCCAAAGCGCAGCGCAACAUGAGCGUCAUCCUCAACAUCCUCCGAACCUCCCCAGCUCCCACAUACAACCCCAAUCGGCCCUUGCUACCUGGCGCACCGCCUGCAUCACAUCUCCCUCUGAACCCGGUCCUGUACCUUACACUUGCCGUGGACAGUGUCGCGCCUCUCCUUCGCAUCCGAUCACAGAAAGGUGCGGCGGGUGGUGGUGUGGCAUUGCAAAUUCCAGUACCGCUGGGGUUGCGACAGAGGAGACGGACGGGGUUCAUGUGGAUUUUGGACGCAGCGAGCAAGAAGAAAAGCAGGGGCAGUGGCAACGACAUGUUUGCGCAAAAGGUUGCUGAAGAGCUUAUUGCCGUUGUCGAGGGAAGGAGUGCGGUGUGGGACAAGAGGACGGGGGUGCAUAAGCUGGCUACCACUGCGAGAGCGAACUUGAACUACAGUAUGCGUGGGAGACGUUAGGCCCACGUAGCACACAGGACAGGAGAGAAGGCAGUGACAGGGUGACAUGUACGAAUGUAUACAUAACUUGGCAUAUUUUCUCCCCGGCUCGUCUCGCAGAGUGGACUCCUUUCUGGCAGAGACUUGGCCGUGGCACCAGUCGCUUAGAUGGCUGUGUGAUGACAAUGAAUAGUGG